AUUUACAAACGGCUCUCCGCACGUUUCAGCACUUUGGACAGCGUUUUUUUAGCAAAGAGUUUUUGCUAAAAAAUGUUUCUCAUCUGACCAAAUCCACAGGUACAGAGUCAUCAUAUACAAUAAAUCCGCGAGGUAGCAUUUAAAAACAUUUAAAAACAGAUGCAUUUGUUUAAAGCAAAGCAUUUAUUUUCUUACCAGGCUACAGGUGAAGCAGCUCUUUGUGCCUCUUUAAGCAAUUUGCACGGGAUGACGUUUUUCUAUUUCCGCUUUCUUGAGUGUACGCGUGUAAGCUUCCGGUUUCGCGAUAUGAAUAGAGGAAGAUAUGAAUCGUGGCGCUGUUUUAAACACAAUGUCUGCAAGAUCUAUCAAAGUAACAAUCACCGAUGUCUAUCGGCUAGUACACCAGCAUGCUCAGCUCCGAUGAGCAAAAGGAAAAAGUUGUUCAAGGUGUAUAUAUCAAGUUACAUCGACAACUAUGAAGUGGGCGUAACCGCAGUCCCUCUCGCCGACGGUGACGUCACGUGCAUACCCUCUAUAUCCAGCAAAGAGCAGAAGAUGGCGCUAAUGCUCUACUUAAGAUUGCGAACCGCCAAUAAGCACGAAGAAGAACUCAGAGAGACACGAGCAUCAAACGCUGUGUUUACAUCAGUUUUAGUUUGUGUUUGUUGAGAGAUGAGAUGGAUGUAAUUUUCUGUAAAUCAGAAGAAACUGAUGAGGGUUUACAGGAUGAUGAAUCUACUGAUCAAACCUCCACAGAGUCUCUGGAUUCUGUCUGUAACGCUGGAGAACAGCAGCAGAUCCUGCAGACCAAACUCAACAUGUGUUCAGUCAAACUGGAGGACUGCUCAAACCUCAUGAUGAAGAUCAAAACUGAACCUACAGAAAUAAAAACUGAACCUACAGAAAUAAAAACUGAACCUACAGAAAUAAAAACUGAACCUACAGAAGAGGAAGAUCACACUGAUGAAGAUGAGGACAAUGAUGAGUUUAUUCCUUCGGAUGAGAAGAGUGAAUCAUCUUCUGAUGGAGAAACGUCCUCAACAUCAAAAGAGCGACGGACAACACAAACUCUUUCCUGCAUCACCUGUGGAAAGACAUUCAGCUCACAGAGACAUUUAGAGAGACAUGAGAGAAAACACACAGAACAGAAACUCUUCACCAGAUCUGAGAUCAGCUUUACUACCUUACAAGAGAAGAAACUUCAUUCAGAAGAGCACACAGACAAGAAGAAGAAGAAGAAGAAGAAGAAGAAGAAGGUGGUUUAUGCGUCAUCUUCUAAUCUGAACAUUCACAUGAGGACACACAGUGGUGAAAAGCCUAACCAUUGCAGCAGCAAACAAAGUCCUGUUCAUCAGAGAGUUCACACUGGAGAGAAACCUCAUCACUGUAAUGUUUGUGGGAAGAGUUUUAAUCGACCUGACAAUUUAGUGUCACACCAGAGAACUCAUACAGGUGAAAGACCUUACAAAUGCUCUCAGUGUGGGAAGAUGUUUGCUCAGUCAUGUUCCUUAAAAAUCCAUGAGAGAAGUCACACUGGAGAGAAACCUUACAAAUGCUCUCAGUGUGAGAAGACGUUUACUCAGUCAAGUCACUUAAAAAUCCAUGAGAGAAUUCACACUGGAGAGAAACCUUACGUCUGCUCUCACUGUGAAAAGAGCUUCUCUACUUUAAUUCAUUUAAGAAUUCAUGAGAGAGUUCACACUGGAGAGAAACCUUACAAAUGCUCUCAGUGUGAGAAGACUUUUACUCAGUCAGGUAACUUAAAAGCCCAUGAGAGACUUCAUACUGGAGAGAAACCUUACGUCUGCUCUCAAUGUGGAAAGAGCUUCACUGAUUCAAGUAGUUUGAGAGGUCACGAGAGAAUUCAUACUGGUGAAAAACCUUAUUUCUGCUCUCAGUGUGAGAAGACGUUUACUCAGUCAGGUUCCUUAAAAAUCCAUGAGAGACUUCACACUGGAGAGAAACCUUACGUCUGUUCUCAAUGUGGAAAGAGCUUCUCUACUUCAUCUUAUUUCAGAGCUCAUCAGAGAGUUCAUACUGCAGAUCCUCAUCACUGUAAUGUUUGUGAUAAGAGUUUCAGUCAACAUAUUAAUUUAGUGAAACACCAGAGAACUCAUACGGAUGAAAAGCCUUAACCAAUGCUCUCGGUCUGAUAAGACGUGUUUUGGGUCGGUUCACUUAAAAGCAGUGUUAACUUUGUCAGUAGAUUUUUGAAAUAGUUUUAGUCAUUGACAGAAGAAGUUAUUUAGUUUUAGUCAUAUUUUAAUCAUCAGGGGCCGUAUUCACAAAGCAUUUUAUCUUACCACUAAGAGUACUCCUAAAUCGCACUAAAAGAUUUUAGCUAGGAGUUUUCUCUUAAAAGUUAUUCCCAAACGUUUUUCAGACCUACUUUUAGUAAGGAAAAAUGAUAACUCCUAAACUAAGAGUGAGUCUUCGUUGCUACGGAUGACGUAAAUUCUCAUGCACGAGCUUCCUCGCAAUGACCACAGUGAUUGGUUGUUAGAUGACAGGCUGUCAUGCGGAACAUAACACAGACGCACCAAAUCAUGGAAUUACAACAUUGAAAUAUGUCUGUGUCCUAAUAGUAAUGCCAUCGAAAUGCAUAUAUAAUGACAUGUUUGUGCAGGCCCCAGUGAAAUGUAAUUCUAAAGAUGGAAAAUUUGUGAAUGAAAUUAAAUUAAAUCAAGGUAGCCUAAUACCCAAAUGAAAACCGCCAAUUGCCUAAUAAUAAAAAGCGACAUUGCAUUAACAAUUGCUUGAUUCAUUUACAUCCCAAACGGAAAAGAAAGCCCAACUGAACGCGGAAGCAGUUACUGCUGCUGGCCCAGUUGGUGCUGGAUAAAGGAAACAUAAUAAAAGGGAAAUUCGGCACUGAGAUGCCAAGCAAAACUAAGCGUGUGACAGUGAUGCGCGGGUCAAUGUAUAAACAACCCGCACCCAACCGACGUUUUACUAACCCGCCCGCAACUCGAACCGCAAAAAAAUAAAUAGUGUACCCGACCCGCUCCCUGGCCCGCAUUUUUUAAAAGUAGUAAUCGUUUAAAUAGUUAACUGGGAUCUUUAUUUCAAACGACCCGACCGACCGUGACCCGAAUAUCAUAAAAAAUAUUUUUGGAUGACUCGUAACUGCGGGUGAUCGCAGGCAUCCGCUCAUUUCGGAUCAACCCGCGCAUCACUGAUGGGAGAAGAUUUGUUGCAGAUCAAUGCAGCAUUCCCGCUUGUGUCGCGGACCCCAAGUUGGCCUAUAAUAUUAAAUAUAUAAUAUCUAUUGUUUCAUGUAAUUCUAAAAACUUCCUGCUUGUCAUGAAUGUAAUGAAUUAUAAAAACAAAUGUUAUAAACAAUAUGCUUACAUUAAAGUGUGCUUUUAAGUGUUAUAGGCAAUGCUUUUGAGUUGGUGAAACUGUCCAUGUAUGUGAAUUAAUUCAAUUCUAUUCAAUUUUAUUUAUAUAGCGCUUUUCACAAGUGUUAAUUGUUGCAAAGCAGCUUUACAUGAGAAGAUGUAGAGGAGAACACAGAAAACCAAUAGAUAAUAUAAGAAGUAGAGAAUGUAAUUAGCACCUAAAAGUAGGGAUGGGUAUUGUUUGGGUUUUUUUCGAUACCGGUGCCAAAUCGAUACUUUUAAAACGGUUCCGGUGCCUAAACGGUGCCUAAAGCGGUACUUUUAAAAAAAGAGUCACAGAAAGAUGGUAGAUGAAAGUACAGCAUAAAACACAAUGAAAAUUCUUCUCUGUUUGUCAUUUGUUUAUUAAUGAUUUGCCUAAAGCACCAUCAUCUUUUAAGACCUGCAUUCUUGAUUUCUUUUUUAUGAAAUUUUUGAUUUGUGAAUUAAAUAAAAUCUUCUCAACACUCCA